AUGCGUAAUUCUAGCAAUGGCGGCGGCGCCGGCGACGGCGGCGACGAUGACGUCGACCGCAUCAGCGACCUCCCGGAAGAGCUCAUCCAAAGCAUCCUCAUCCGGCUCCCGUCCACCGCCGCCGCCGCGCGCACCAGCGUCCUCUCCCGGCGGUGGCGCGACGUCUGGACCCGCCUCCCUUCCCUCUCCUUCACGUGGGAGUGUCAGCACGGCAGGCCGGACGCCAUCGAGGCCGCGCUCGCCGCCUACUCCGCGCCGACGGUGAACCGCCUCGCCAUCUCCCUUGGUUGCCCAUAUCCGCCCCGCUCCGCCGUCGCGGGGUGGCUGGAGUUCGCGGCGUGGCGCGUCGCCGGCAGCCUUACCCUCAACUUCCCGAGGUACUACUGUUCGGUCGAUCUGCCCGUCUGCGAGAGGGCGACGAGCAUCAGCAUCCACGGCCAGAACAGCCUCCGCCUCCCGCCGGUCGGCUCGUUCGCGGCGCUGACCGCCCUGACCAUCACCGGCGCCUUCCUGGAAGGCGGCGGCUUCGAGGACGUGCUCUCGUCGUCGCGGUGCCCGCGUCUCCAGCGGCUCAAGGUGCGCGGCGUCAUGCUCCGCACCGCCGCCGACGACGAUGUCUCCAUACGCUCCGGCUCGCUGGAGCGGCUGGACUUCUUCGUCCACGGCGUCGCCCGGCUGGAGGUCGCCGCCCCGAGGCUCCGGUGCUUCCGGGCAGCACUCGAGGCCCGCGGCGACGGCGUCCCAGAAGCCAGCAUCGCCGCCCCGAUGCUCGAGGCCGUCGAUUGGCACGGGGCCUUCGACGCGCAACGCCACCUCUUCCUCGAGGCUGGCCGCCGCCUGCAGAGGCUUGCGGUAUUCGACGUGCCUACGGCGGCGCUGAUGCGGCGCUUCCACAUCGUCGACGAGCUCGUGCUUAGCUUUGGAAUUGCACCGGGAACCCAAGGGUACCGGAUGUUUUUGGAUGCUACGAUCUUCUUUGCAAGGUGUGAGGUUUUGGAUCUGCACAUGACGACGAGACGGCACUCCUUUACAUCAGCAGCGUUUCAUCUCCUCAACAGAUCAGCUGGUGUAAGAAAGCUUAUGAUCCAUCUGCCUCGGAUGUUUAAGGGGAACAAAAGCUGCAUUGAGGGCUGUCCCUGCUCUUUGCCGGAUAGCUGCAAAACUGACAAAAUUCAGCUGGAUUCACUGAAAGAGGUAGAAAUAUUGGGGUUCCGUGGAGACGUUCAUCAUCUGAAAUUCAUCAACCUGCUGCUCAAGUGCCAUGUGCCAAUCCUGAAGAAGCUUUACAUAAAAGUAUCAAAGGAUGUAAAGUCCCUCAACAAGAGGACAAGCCAUAAAAUACGCAGAAUUAUUGAUGAUCACCCGGAUAUUGAUGUCGAAUUCAACUUGCCUUUGGAAGAAAGUGUAGAAGGGUAUAAAUAG